AUGCAUUGCCGAAAAAUAACAAGCUUGCCAGGAUUAUCACUUGAAGAACGUCAGAAACGCAAUCAUCAUGUCCCGCAAUCUUUUUUCUAUCAAAAUGGACAUCGACAGUUUCGAGGACCUUCAGUUGGAAUAGGAAAAGAACCACUUCAAGAAACUUUUAAAGAUUUUUGUUCAGCAAGUGAACCAAUUGAAUACGAUCCGGCAUUGAUUUACGGUCAAAGAAAGAAGCAACAAGUUACACCAUUCCGUCCCCAUUUUGUACUCUAUGAUAAAAAAACGCUUAAGUUCAUGGCCUUCUUUCGCCAACACGUUCCCGAUUCGCGCAUGGAGCAUUAUCGUGUUCGUCAUGUCAACAUAUUUUACUACUUGGAAGAUGACACUGUUGCGGCUUUUGAACCGCUCGUAAAGAACUGUGGACUUUCUCAAGGUAAAUUAGUACGACGUGGUAAAAUAGCAAAAACAUCGCAGCCCGGUUUCUUUUAUACGUGGAAAGAUUUUAAUGUUGGAAAUGAUGUGGAACUAAAUGGAAUUAUAUUUCAUAUCGCUGAUUGUGAUACGUUUACAAGAGAAUUUCUAACAGCAAAUGGCAUUGAAGUGAAUGAACGAGAAUGUAUUCCAAAAGAUCCGGUUUCAAUUGAAAAAAUGGUUCAACAAGCACAGCAGGCUUUAAAACAUAAAACGCCUUCAAACGAUGAUAAAUUGAGAAGAUUCUUGGAAUAUUCGGGAAUGAAUUUAUGCUUCGAUUGUGUUCUUGAUGAGACACAACGACCUGGUGGCGAGUUGAUAACAUUCAAGAUGUAUUAUUCUCUUGAAGAUGACACUGUUGCUAUAAGAGAACUCCCGGAAAAUCAGCAAGGACGUGAUGUCUCUGGGAUGCUUUUAAAGAGAACAAAACUCCCUAAAGAUUGGAGAAAAACUCCAAUUGACUUUCCAGCAAUCAUUUUUAACACAACUGAAGCGGAAAUUGACGAAUAUUAUCAACCGAGAGAUUUUAUCAUUGGCAAUACAAUUUUUGUAUUUGGCCGGAAGUUUUUGUUGUUAGAUUGUGACAAAUUUACAAGAAACUAUUUCGAUAAAGUUCUCCGUUGUGUCCAACCUGGUAAACUUGAAAUUCAAAAGCCAAAACCUUCACAAAUUAAAUUGAAAUUGCCGGAUUAUUUAGGUCUUGGAACACCAGAAGAUUCACUCGCUUCAUGUUACAGUCUCAUACCAAGAACGCCAAAAAAGGAUGUGACUUCUUAUCUUAUUAAUUCUAACAAAACGCUAAGAUAUGGCUGUCGUAUAGAAACAGCACAUCCUGAAGAUAAGGACAGACGUUUUAUAAUGAGCUACAAUUUGUCAGAUGGCUCAAUUAAAAUCAUGGAGUUUCCUUCGCUUGGAAUUUCUGGUGGAAAAUUUUUAACAUCGCAAAAAGUGCCUCGACCUGAUUCCAACCCUCAUAAGCCUGAUUACUACACGCCAAAAGAUUUGUACAUUGGAGCCAUUAUCAAAGUUUAUGCAACACGAUUUGUUAUUACCAGCGCAGAUUUGUUUGUCUAUCGUUACAUGCAGGCACACCCUGAACUGUUUUCACCAAUGAUAAUUGAUAAUGUCAGAAUGUAUCAUUUAAAAGAAGGGAAUUUACGUGAUGACAUUCAAAAAGCUAUUAAAGAAGAUCAUGAGAAAUAUAUUGCAGAAGUUGAAACUAAAUCUAACAUUUCCGAUGCCAUUCAUGAUGCUAUGACUGAAAGAGUUCCUGAACUUGUAACAGGUAAACGCAUUCCAAGUCCAUACAUUAGUGAAGAUGAAGUUAAAAAGGAGUAUCAUGGCAAAGAAGAUAAAUAUAAAUUGCCAUGCAACAUUAACAUAAAAAACGAGGACACAAUUCUAUCCGACACUGGACGAGUCAGAUUUCUUGAACCUCACGAGGAAUAA